UUUUUUUUUUUUUUUUUUUUUUUUUUUUUUUUUUUUGAAAACCUUGUGUUGCUUUAAGACAUUAUUCAAUAAAUGAGUCUUAUUGAUAGAUAGUAGGGUGCUAAAUACUAUAUUGAAACGAGGUAAUGAUGAAAUAGGAAGAUAACUUGAAUAUUAUCUCGUAAUUUCGACAUAGAUUGUGGGGUGUGUAGGAAACUCAGAAGUGAAGACUAGACUUGGGUAUAUCUUCAGCAGGAUUAUUUCUUGAGUGUGCACUUAUUGAGUGUAGAUAAAGGGAUCUGUACAUUGUAGGUUUAAAUACAGUUUUAGGGGGGUCUUUAGAGGUGGAAACAAAAGCACUCACUUGACAAUCUCAAACAAAGUAUGCAAAGGAAGUAUGCAGUUCUAGGAACCUGCCCCAGUUUCAUCAGCCCUAAUCCAAUCCAAUCCAAUCCAAUCCCACUCAGACACUUCAUUAUCAUAGAGAUAAAGAAAAGUCCACACCUCAGGUAUUGAUGAUCAUGAGCAAUGGCCACCAAUUCAGAGAACGGGGCAGGGGCACCAAGAGCCAUCACAGAUAAGAGGUGAUAGCCUCAGUUACCAUGCUCGUUUGCCUCACGAUAAAGAGACCAGGAACUGGCAGAAACCACCUUCUAGAGACUUUGCUCAACAUAAUCAUUCAGCUGAUGCUAUACACAUAAAGGAAAACAGUGACUCUUAAAUUUGUUUUCCUACGGGUGUUAAAUAUUAUCAUUAAGACAAAUUGUAUUGGAUUAUUUCGGAAUAACGAGAUAAUGUCAAUUUAACAAAAUAAUGAGAUAAUGUUGAAAUAAGGUACCUAGAAAUGAGUUAAGUCGAAGUAACUUAAUAUCUCAUUAAUAUGAAUAAUGUGUUUCAAGACGUAAUUAUUUCGACUUAGUUAUUUCUAAUUGUGAAAUAAUGAGAUAUAAAAAUAACAAGACAACUAGAAAUGAUGAGUUAAUAUCUAACAAUUAGAUGUCUCAUUAAUGUCUCAUUACAACUUAACUGGUUAAUUCAAAACAUUAUUUCAGUAUUAAGACUUUAACUCAUUUUUAUUAUUUGUUAUCUUAUUAUAAUAAAUUAGUCUUAUUUUAUAGAUUGUUAUAUGCUACAUAGUAUGUCAAAAUAAUGAGGUAAACUUGAAAUAAGAUAGUUAUUAUGUCACAAUAACAUCUUGAAAUAAAGAGACAUUAUUCUGACUUGAUAACUGUUAUUUCUAGUUAUCUUGUUGUUUUUUUUUACACAUUAUCUUGUUAUUUCUCAUCUUAUUUCCACAUGAUCUCAUUAUUUCAGCAAGCCACCAGUAAGUCUAAUUUAUUGAAUAUUAUGCUGAAAUAACGAGAUGAUGUCAAAAUAACAAGAUAGCUAGAAAUACCGAGUUAUUAUGUCACAGUAUGAUCUUGAAAUAGUCAUUAUUCUGACUUGAUAUCUUAUUUCUAGUUCUCUUAUUUCAACAUUAUUUCUGCAAUCUACCAGUAAGUCUAAUUUACUGAAUAUCAUAAUGAAAUAACAAGAUGAUGUCAAAAUAACUAGAAAUAACGGGUUUUUAAGACAUAAUAAACGACAUAGUAUCUUGAAAUAACGACGUUGUUGUUCAGGUCUUCAGUACUUUAUGGACGCUAGAGGGCAGUGUUGUGCAGCUUCAUUCCCAGCACACUACCGUACUAACUAGUAUGUGGAGAAUAGAGCGGGUACAGGUUUAUACACAUACUUAUUAGUAGGAGAGUGCGCGACCCGUGUUUCUAUGGGAACGUGAAUAAAUUACUAUGCUGAAGGAUUUUUGAGCGUGUUUUAGGCAAAUGGCCAGUGAUUUGGUGUUUCGAGCAAUGAAAGCUAACGCUAAAUCGUUAAAUUUGAGCUCGAGGAACCUAACUGAGCUUUCUAAAGGAUUUGGAAAGUUAACUCGGGUUUUGUGGCUCCGUUUAAACAACAACCGCCUCACGACUCUGCCUGUGGGCCUGCAGUGUAUGCAGCAGUUGACAGAACUUAACCUGGGCAAUAAUGCUUUCGAGGAGAUGCCACCAGUCCUGAAGCAUCUUCACAGCUUGAAAAAGCUGCAUUUGUACAGGAAUCAGAUUUCCACACUGCAUCCAGAGGUGCUGGAGAGUCUUUCAAAUCUUAUUGUUCUCAACCUGAACCACAACAAAAUCAGAAGCAUUCCUACAGCUAUAAAGAGCCUCUCGAAUUUGGAAAGAUUCAGUAUUGCGGACAAUCAGCUAGAAGAGAUUCCCGCUGAGUUGGGGCUGGUCAGCAAGUUGACGGAGAUGAAUUUAACCAGGAACAAGCUGCGUGAAAUUCCACAGGAGUUGUAUAAGUUAACACAGCUGAGGAAACUGAGCUUGGCUAGAAAUAAUCUCAGAGAGUUACCAGAGGGAAUUCUUGGAUGGAAAAAUCUGAAGAUGUUAGAUGUUGCUGGCAACCACCUGUCUAUGUUUCCAGUCAAUUUCCACUUACUUGAGCUGGAAGAAUUAUACUUUGAGGGAAACAGUCUUGUUCAGUUUGAGCUGUUCACGUCCACUCAACAGGAGGAAGUUCUCUCAUUAAAGGAGCAUGCUGCCAGAUUCAUCCUGAAAGAACAUUUAAAUAAGUCGUCUAUGGUGUCCAGGGCUUCGCUACUCCUUCCAGAUAUACAGACAAUGCUGUCUCGGUUUGGGAUGUGUGCCGUGUGCUUUGAGCCCUUUCUGACCACCUGGGUGGAGUGUGUGCAGUUCAUCAACCUGCGAAAGGACAUGGGGAUUAAAAACUCACAGAAUAUUCCAGUCCGUGUGCUGCUGUGCUCCUCUGCCUGCUUCAACAAGAGCGGCCACUCUUACUACAGCAUCGCUAAAGUAAAGCUGUAAGAGGUGUCCUCUCACACUUCUCAUUAUAAUUCCAGUAAUACAUGUCUCCUCUAAGCCUGUCCUGUAGUGGUGCAUUGCUUUCAAAAGCAGGUGAAAUGUUUUCAUCCUUUAUAUAAUCAGCCACCAGGUGGCAGUGUAUGAUCACUCACGGGCUCUGUAUGUUUCCAUGAAAGAACUUUUCAGUGUCUGUGAAAGUUCAUGCCAGUCAUCUGAUGUCAGCACUUCUACUCAUGGAGAGAAAACCCAGAGAAAGAUCUACACUCUAUGCCCCAGUACAUACGAAUGUUAGAGCAAGAGUACGUGUAUCUUUUCUAAUUUUUCUUCCUUCACCCAUCAAACUCCCAGACCCCGUCUGUAGGUCCGAACUUUCAUUAUUCAUUCUCUUAACUACAUAAAAUUUGCUAUUAGUCUCACUGUAGCAACUAAAUAAUUUGUAGUAGUAACUAAAUAAUAUGCUUUAAGACUAUACUCAUUGUAAAGCAUAUUGAAGGGGUAAAAUGUAUGUAGUGUAUAUUUUAGGUACCAUUUUUGCUACUACUAACCACGUUCUUCCAAAUUAUUAUUCCUAAAUUACACUAAAUUGGUCCUAGGUGUGAAUGUGUGUGUGCGUGUGUGUGUGUGUGUGUCUGUGUGCAUGGUGCCCUGCAAUGAACUGGCCUCAUCCAGGGUGUAUUUCUACCUCACACACAGUGUUCCUGGAAGUAAGUCUAAAUCCAUAGACACCCUGAACAAGAUAAAGUGGUUACUAAAGAUGAAUGAGUAAUAAUAUAUAAUAUGACACAUUGUAGUUAUACGCUAUUAUGCAAUAUUUAUUUCCUAAGUGGCGAGAUGGACGGCCUCAGUAGGAGAAGCGUUAUUCUCUCAUCUAUAGCAUGGACCAGCAAUCCAUAGAUGACAAAUUUGUUCAUACUUACUGGUAGGCUGGUGAGUGAGAAGUCACAUAGUGGUAAAUGGAGAUGAAGAUUUAGCAAAAGAUUUGAAAAACUAUGAACAAAAAAGUUUUUCUCUUUUGCUGUGGAAGGUGCUUUUCUUUUAAGUAUUUCCACCAUGUCAGAAACAGUAAAUAGUGGCUACUCUCAGUGUUAUAGUCACUGAGUCUACUGAUCCAUACACUUACCACAUAACUGAGACAUUCUCUUUCUAACUGAUCACAUUUAGUUAAAAUGAGUUUUAUGCAUUUCCAGUCCAGCAGAAUUGCAUUGUAAUUGCAAAAUUAUUUAAAGUAGAUCUUCUUUUGCUAACACGUACAUUUUAGUAGCCUAGCUCUCUAUAGAAGAGUCUUCAGUCCUCCAUAUCUACUCUUAGUUCAUCUGUUCGACCUGAGAGAAUUUAAUUUCUCCGAGUUAAUUUCCCAUGCAGGCCCUCUGAGCUCCGAGCACAAUCCAUGGAGUCGGGUCUGAUGAAUAAUGCAGCAGGUUUAAUUGCAAGAGCCAGAAACUAAUGAUUUUGGACUGGUUAACAGCAGGGGAACCAUACAUCUCUGCAAACUGAAUGAAAAAUCAGUUUUUAAAAAAGGGAAUAGGGGAAAACGCUAAUUGAUGAAUAAUUAAAGCUUCGGCUACAGGGCGCAAUUGUGACAUUUUGUUUCAAUCAGUUUUGAAGUAGAGGGGAAAGUGCACUAAAGAAAGUAAUGACAACUGUGAGAAUGUCCGGUGUGAAAGAAGGAUUGAGUCACUUAAUUAUAUAGUCUUCAGUCAAUCUCUGCUACUACUCUGGAAUAGAAAUUUUUAUCUGAAGAAAGAGUGGAAAAAAUUAGGCAGGCUGUGUUGGAUAACAUUUUUUCUUUGUUAUUUUGCUGGAUUAAAAGUGUUACAUGUAACCAUUAUCUUCUGUUUGGUCAGAAUAUUUUGUCAGGAGAACAAUAUUAAAUUUGAUAUUUCUUUUUUAUUGGCUUUCUUUCCUUUUCUUGAAAAUGUAAAAUAAAUGCCAUCAUAUAAAAGGCAUUCACCAUUAAAUAUUACUCAGCCAUGCAUCACACAUACAGUACAUUCAUGGAAUUAAGUGUAUACCGAUUUGCGUACGGCUGACAAAAAUAAAGACUGAUGGAAAUACGUGUACA